GACCGCCACUCCAGCACUUAGCCCGAGACACCGACCCGGAAGCUGCUCUCUGGUUGUCGUGUAGACAGUCCGGUGAGUCUGAGUGUGACCGUUCACGGAGACCUCAAUGCCUCUCACAGAGUCGCCCUUCAGCUGCAGCCUGCUUGAUGGUCUGUUUUACAUGAGUUGUGUUCUCGUCUAUCCAUCAUACUGGUUCAUUGACCGUCUGCUGUCCUGCGUGGUGUCCACCAGUGAUGAGCGCUCCCAUGGAUCUGCCCCGAGGAUCCUGUGCCUGGUGUUCGGGGCGCUAUUCUUCCUGCUUCUCUUCGUGCUCUCUGUACCCCUGUGUGUUUUUGGUCUUCUCCUAUGGGCUCCUCUCCAUCAGGUCCGCCGUCCGUACAGUUAUCAGCGAUCUGUGGAUUCCCAGGAUCCUCCAGACAGAACUAUCACUGGUGACUGCUCCUUUAUCUUUGUCAGUGCCAACCUGUGUCUUCUGCCGGACGGUUUGGCCCGCUUUAGUAACCUGAGCCACACACAGCGUCGUGUUUCCACCAUCUCCAAGCUUCUGUGUGCUUCUCCAAUGCUGGAGAAUGGUGAGGACUCGCUACCGAUCUGCAGUGCUGAGGAUGUCCUGCCCAUGAUGGAGAUGUCUCAUAAGAAGAGCGCAAGAGAGGACAACCUGUUCGAAGUGUCUGUGGAUUUUCCUCAGAAUGCUGACUUUAUAUGUCUACAGGAGGUUUUUGAUGGACGAGCCUCUCGGAAACUUCGCCGGUGCCUUGGUGCUUCUUUCCCCUAUAUCUUGUAUGACGUGGGCCCCUCAGGACCUCAUAGUUGCAGCUUCAAGUUCUUUAACAGUGGAUUAUUUCUGGCCAGCCGGCACCCGCUACUUCAUGCCAAGUACUAUAUCUACCCAAAUGCACGUGGGGAGGAUGCGCUGGCGUCCAAAGGCCUCCUGUGCGUUAAGGUUCGCUUGGGAACCACAGAACAGAAGCAAAGCAUUGUGGGAUACAUAAACUGUACCCACCUCCACGCUCCAGAGAGCGAUGCCACCAUACGCUGUGACCAGAUGUCUCUGCUCCUUCAGUGGGUGUCUGACUUCCAGGCUGAGAACACUCAGGACGGGGAACUUGUUGCCUUUGAUGUUCUCUGUGGAGAUCUGAACUUUGACAACUGCUCGUCAGAUGACGGUCUGGAGCAGAAGCACGGCUUAUUUUCCAUUUAUAGAGAUCCGUGCAGAGACCGCGCAGGACGAGAUCGUCCUGGGACCAUAGGGACCCUACUCAGACAGGAGUUUCUGUACCAUGAAGCUGUGAACUCUCCAGCCAGGCUGAAGAGCACCCUCCAGUCAGACAGCGAGCGCCGGCUUUAUGUUGCGGCACCAUUACCUCAGGAUGAUGGUGAUGGACAAUGGACGGGACGACGCAUCGAUUAUAUUCUGCAUCGGGAGGCGGACACUCUGCUACCGGUUGUUGUAGAGAAGUUCCAGUUCAUCACACGAUUGGCCGGCCUGUCGGAUCACGUCCCUGUGGCCCUGCACCUGUCCUCCUCGCUCCCAGAGAUCACCACCCUGUGACCGGCUCUGGUGGGCACCCCUGGACCCACGUACUUCACUGACUCGGAGGCACAGACCUCACUGAUGCCUGUGGUGAUCUCUGGAUACACGGACCUCACUGAAGCCUGGUGGGGACCUCUGGACGCAUAGACCUUGCUGACAUCCAGUGGGGGCCUCUGAAGGCACAGACCUCACUGAUGCCUGUGGUGAUCUCUGGAUACAUGGACCUCACUGAAGCCUGGUGGGGACCUCCUGGACGCAUAGACCUUGCUAACAUCCAGUGGGGACCUCUGGAGCCACAGACCU